UCUUUCACUUUACACGACUUCAAAAUCAAGCGGGCAGGCAACUUGUCGGGUUAUUUCAUCAAGUAAAGGCGCAAUCAAUUCUUCGGGUUCCGCCGAUAAAUGGGUUUUGUCGUAAGCAAAGCGCAUUGGUUCUGGACUCCGGCUGAUUAUGAUAAGCCGGAUUCGGCAACAGGAAUUACUCCCAGGCAGCGUGACCUCGUUCAGAGCACGUGGAAGAUAGUCCGGCAAGAUGUCAAAAGUAACGGAAUAAAACUCUUUCUGAAGUUUUUCGACAUGUUUCCCGACUACCAGUUACUUUUCAAAGCCUUCGCCAACACACCAAGAAAUGAACUAUCAAAAAACGUGAAGUUAGCUGCUCACGCCACAUCAGUCAUGUACGCAAUAUCAUCACUGGUAGACAAUCUUCAGGAUACAGAAUGUUUGGUGGAACUACUAAGUAAAAUUGGCCACAGCCACAGACCAAGGAAUCUCAACAAAGAUCAUUUCUUGCAUCUACAAGAGACCAUACUGAUUUUUCUGGCAGAAGUCUUAGGCGCAUCUGUUAUGACUAUUCCUGCAAAGGAGGCGUGGAAAAAAACGUUAGAUGUAGCAAACAGUUGUAUCAUAAAAGCCUUGGAGGAGCACGAGACUUAAAAAAAUGUACUGUUUUUUUAAAUUGAUGUAUGAAGUAUUAUUGGUUACAAACAAUGUUUUGUUUUAAUUUCGUUGGUCUCAGUUUCAUCGUAACAUUUUCUUUACCAUGUUCAAAAUUUCAUUGUAUGCGAAAGAAUCAUGCUGGAAUAAAAUAUUGUUUUGAGGGU